UGACCAUGUUUCAGGAAGCGCUGAUAGUUCACUGGGAAAUGUUAAACCAGUUUGCUAGUUUUUGAGUGUAAAGAGCAUCUUAACUGCUUUGCAGCCCUCUCUAAGAGAGUAAUGUUCACAAACUGUUCCCUCGGACAUUGUCAUAUUAUCGUUGCUGUGGUUCUUUGGUCCAUUUGUGUAGACUCGCGGAAAAUCAGAGGAAUUUCUUUAUCGUAUAAGAGGUUUUAUAGAGAAAGAAAGUCCUUCCUGUGUAUCGAUGGGUCUAAAAUGAUCCCUUUUGACCAGGUGAAUGACGACUACUGCGACUGCAUGGAUGGAUCAGAUGAACCAGGCACUGCGGCCUGUCCUACCGGCCGAUUCUACUGCACCAACCUCGGCUACCGCUCUCACUACAUACCAUCUUCACGUGUCAAUGAUGGCAUCUGCGACUGCUGUGACGCUUCAGAUGAGUACAGAAGUCAAACGCCUUGCCAAAACACAUGCAGGAAUCUGGGACAGAGGGAGCGAGCGGAGGUGGAGGGCCAGACGAGGGUCCUGGGUGAGAGGCUGAGACUCAAGCAGCUGCUGAUUGAGGAAGGCGUCCUCACCUGGCGGGAGAAACAGGCCCAGCUUCGCGACCUGCAGCGGGUCUCUGAUGACCUACAGACCCAACUGGAUGAUCUCAGGAAGGAGGAGGCAAGGAGGAAGGAGGAGGCAGACGCACUCAGAGAGCGGGAGAUAGGGGCACGGGAAACGGCGGACAACAGUCCCACGAGUCACUAUAGGCCUGAGUCUCCAAUCAGCGUUUUCAAAGAGUUGGACAGCAAUAGAGAUGGAAGUAUUACCGUGGAUGAAGUCCAGGCGAAACUCUCUCCCGUCCAGGAUGAGGAGCAUGCUCUAUCUGAGGAUGAAGCCGUGGCUUUGCUAGGAGGGGCCCACCGGGUUGAUCUCUCCAGGUUUGAGGAGACACUCUGGACCAGUCUGAGGACGGGUGACAGUGUAACAAUCAAAGGGAGACGUGGUGUGCCAGGCAGUCUGGCAGAUGAAGACCCCAACAUCAAGGCCGCCGUGAGCGCUGCUGAAAAGGCGUCUGCUGAUCUAAAGAGAGUUGAAGACGCGUACGAAACGGUGUACAUGGAAAUCAGGGACCUCAGGGAGAAACUUUCCAUAGACUACGGAUCAGAGAGAGAGUUUCUAUUCCUGCAUGACCAAUGUUUCCAGCUGAAGGUCUAUGAGUAUAUUUACGAGCUGUGUCCCUUCAGUCAAGUAACGCAGAAGAGUGCUUCAGGAGAAGUGGUGUCCUUAGGGAAGUGGGGGUCAUGGGCGGGGCCACCAGAGAACCCAUAUUGCCAGAUGAGGUAUGAGAGUGGAGAGCCCUGCUGGCAAGGCCCUACCAGGAACACCAUGGUCAUGUUGAUAUGUGGGACAGAGACAGCCUUGAGAUCGGUAAAGGAGCCCAGCAAAUGCCAGUACGUCAUGGAGCUUCAGACUCCCGUGUCCUGUCAGCCGGCGCUGAGGCAGCGGGGCGUACACAGUGAACUUUGACCCCCAGGGACCAAGUGGAGGGAGCCAUGCAGCCCCCCAUGCCGCUGGUGACAGACUUGUUCCGGGGCCACUCAGGCCCCAGUGUCCUCUGCCUUUGUGUCAGAACACAUAUCGCAAUAAUUGCUGUAGCUUUAUAAUAUGUUUUUGUCUUCCGUUGUCUCGUUACCAUGGUGUUUUUGUUCCUCCUGACUGUCACGCUGUUCAUUUCCAUUGUGUUUCGUUGAGCUUUGUGGAUUGAGGAAUUGAAGGAGUCUUUUCAUGUAAAAUGUUGUUCUAGAAAUGUAGACAUUUUAAUUACACUUGCUGUUUGUGUUAGGUUUUACGCUUUGCAGUACGGGGAAUAAGCUUCUCUGUCAUUCCUGUUAAAACAAUUAUAAAUCACAGUAGUUUCCAAACACUGUCUAAUGACAGCAUUAAGUCAAUCUAUGAUCUUUGUAACAAAGAAAUGACUCUGAAUUGACUGAAAAUAAAGGGACUAUUUUGGAUAGCA